AGAUGCAUAACCACCACGGGAGGGAGGAAGCGGAACUUUUUGACGGCGGAACUCUUAGCCUGUGCUAUCGCAGCCCGGGCGGGACUCUAGUGGCGGGGACAGCUGGUGCGUCGGGAAGGACGGCCGCUUCCGGCGCUUGGAAAGGAAACGGCCGGUCAGGUGACCGUGGCGGUUGUGGCAGCAGAAGCGGCGGCGGCACAGCUCAUCAGCCCCGGUUCGCAGGAGGUGUGGGCGAGCAGGCCCGGCGCGGCCCUCGGAUUCGGCUUGUUCCAGGGUGUCUUCGCCUGGGCCUGGCCAGGGGUCAAGGAUGGCCAGCAAAGGGCCAGCGGCUUCCGCUUCCACGGAGAGCUCCAACGCGGGCAGUCCCAGUGGCAGCAACAGCAGCAGCAACGGGGAAGGCGGGGGCCAGGACAGCACCUUCGAAUGCAACAUCUGCUUGGACACGGCCAAGGACGCGGUGAUCAGCCUGUGCGGCCACCUCUUCUGUUGGCCUUGUUUACACCAGUGGCUAGAGACCAGGCCAAACCGGCAAGUGUGUCCUGUAUGUAAAGCAGGCAUCAGCCGUGAUAAAGUCAUCCCACUGUACGGAAGGGGCAGCACCGGCCAGCAGGACCCCAGAGAGAAAACACCGCCGCGACCUCAGGGCCAGAGACCUGAACCAGAAAACAGAGGGGGUUUCCAGGGCUUUGGAUUUGGUGAUGGAGGCUUCCAGAUGUCGUUUGGAAUUGGAGCCUUUCCUUUCGGUAUAUUUGCAACAGCCUUCAACAUUAACGACGGCCGGCCUCCCCCAGCUGUUCCAGGGACUCCCCAGUAUGUAGACGAACAGUUUCUGUCCCGUCUCUUCCUGUUUGUGGCUCUGGUGAUCAUGUUCUGGCUCUUGAUCGCUUAACGUGGCUCCAUCUCCUGGAUUGUACCACGGCUUGUGAGGCUCCGGACUAGGCACAGACUGCUUCUUCUCCCUGUCCCGGUGCGAGCCUCUUAGAUGUCCGAUUCCAAAGCUGACGGUUGGCUCCCGGAAGCCACGGUGUGAGGAGGAAUUUUGGCUUUCUUUCACUAAAGGUAUGGAAUUAAAGGUGUGCUUUAACGCCAGUUGAGGUCCAGCCCUGUCUCAUGCCACAGGUCUCCAACCUCAAACUGUGGCCCUAGCUUUGAGCUCCACACUUCUGGGAGGAGGUGUUUGAAAAAACCACGUGCCAAGCAGCGACGACCGGUGCCGGCCCUGGAGGGAAGACUCUGCGGUGGUUGGGAAGGAGAACGCUUCCCGUGGGCCUGUGGUGGUUUUUUUGUCCCAACCCCACCCGAGGAACAGAAGCCUGUUAACCAGAAGCAGUCAACCACACCUGCUCCUGUAAACCUCUUCUGUGAACAUCUCUCUUCAUCUGCAGAUCAUUUUAGAUGAAGGUGCUUCCACUUUGGGCAGGGUCUGUUCCUGCUACUCGCCUGGCUGACACGAAAGUGGAAUACUGUCCUGGGACACAUUCACCCUGCUCAGUGAUCACAGGAAUAAGAGGACCUCUGAUCAAAUAGAGUAAUAUGAUAAAAUACCCAAACCUACUGGAAACAGACAUGGCUGGUUUGGUCCUCUCAGGGUUGAGAUGGGCCUGGCGGAUACUAGAGUCAUCUCUGGGAUGGCUGUGAUGCCGCACACGUCCUUGUUGAUCAGUGUUUUUUCCCUCUGACAUUUGGGCACCAGCCUUGCAGUCUUCAUUUAGACAGAUACAAGCUGGCCGCUUGAGUCAUUUACACCUCUCUCUCUCUCUCCUUCCUGGCAUAGAUCUCCACAAAGAGGUUUUUCCACAUUUCGGGACAGUCUGACUAGGAGUCCUGAAGGAGAAAGGUGUGUGGGUAUUAUCUCUUUGUGUAUUCUGCAACCCACCCCUGAUUACAUUUGUUUUGUUUUGUUUUGUUUAACCAGAGGGAAUACCAACACAGAUUUCUCUUAGGACAUGUAGGGAGGUUUCUGCUUAUUCCUGGACUUCUAGUCAACUGGACCUCAGUGAAGGAGGGUUGUCAGAUGACCAAAGAUGUCCUUUUCAAAGGCUGCGUCAGUCGUGCGCAGUCCAGCAGAACGUUCUCCUGCACAAGGCCUGUUGAGAUGGGUGGGCGCCAGGCUCCUGGUCGCUUCAGAAGCUCUGUGGCGAAUGUCCUCCUGGGCUUCGGACUAAAGGAGAAAGAGGUUUUGGGAGCUGUGCAUGGAAGGGGUUCUUCUCUGGGGAGUAGGAAAGGAGGCAGGUUGCUUGAAAAUGUCAGAGCGCCUCUCCCUCCGGUCAUCCUCCUGUCCCAGCGGCACCUCCCAGUCUUUGAUGUGGCAGUGGCCGCUCUAAAAGAGACCUGGAAGUCAUCAACUAGAAAUUAGGCCCUCUUGGUAGUGGUCACCCCACUCUGGAACUUUUUUCCCGCGGAGGCCCCCAUUCGCCUGAGCUAGUUAAAAGCAAGUUUAAAACUGGUGUGUGUGUGUUUUUUUAAUCCAGGCCUUGUCCCUUUGGGAAAUUAUUUUGUAAUCAAUUUAUGUCGGCCCAUGGUUCACUCUUCUCUUAGUCUAGGAUUCUUCCCAGACUGAGGGUGUUGGUUCUGAUAUGUUCACUUUUAAAACUCUUGUUUGUAUAUUCUUGUUAUUUUUGGGAAGCCACUCAGAGUAGUGGCUUGCCCACUAAAUGGACAAGGGUAUAAGUUUAAACAAAUAAAUAAAAUAAAAAAUGAUUUGCUGCUGAAUCUGCCGGAUUCAUGAAUCAAAGAGGCUGCCUGAACUGGGUGGCCUCAUUUCGACUUCCCUAUAAGUAGAAAAGUGGCUCCCAAAGUCAAGUUAAAGGAACGCGCCUUAGAUGGAUCCUAUGUGCAACCCGGAUGAGUUUUGCCACCUGUUGUUGAUAAAGGGACACUGAAGGUGCAGCUCUUGAAAUAUAAGGGACACCUUGCAUUUUUCCUUCUCUUUAGAAAUUGAGCACAGUGGAAAUAAAACUGUUCUUUGAAAAAGGGUCUUGAAAGCAGCUCAAUGAAAUCCUUCUUUAAUAAAUAAAUAAAUAAAAUUCAAUCAGUAGCGACCGGAAAAGAAGUGUAAGAAGUUCAGUUUUCACUGACUUGCAAGGAUGUCAAAGCGGAUGGUUGUGCUUUGAUGUCUUCUUUCAAUCCCGAGUGGUGUACCUUUCUCAGCUGCUGUCUUGAAAGGGAACAAGGAUGGCACAAGGGGACGGGCCUGCCUGGCAGACCAUCUUGCUGUCUUGGUGCCAGCCGCCCCCAUCAGGAACAUGGCCUGUGUACGUGACAGUCUAAAGUCUCAAAGUCCGACCGCUCAGUUUUCAUCUUUAAGGAUCCUGGGGGCCUCUUAAAGAUGAACUCUUUUAUUUAAGUGUAUGUUUCCACAGACCCAACAGGGCUUCUGAGAUGGGGAGGUUGCCAUGGCUUACGGCAGAGGUUGUAAGCUCAUCGGUCCUUGAUGGGCCCCCGGGACUGUUUUUCUUUCCUUGGAUUAGCCUGGCACCUUUUCCUGAUGGACAUGGACGCAGACUUUGCCUUUCUUGUUGGCCUGACUUCCCGCUCUGCCUGUCCCCAGCUGUGCUUUCUGUCUUGUAUUAUUUCUUCCCUUCCCAAUCAUGUAUUCUUCAGAUUGCACUCGGUCUGUGGCCAGCAGAAGAGGGCACCACUGUGCAACACCGUUGUUAAUUCACUAAUUUUCACUGUUGUGAAAGUAAUUUAGAAUAAACCUGUUUUUACAUUAUCCAA